AUGGCCACAACCAAAUCCGACACGCAGCUCGCCGCGCUGGCUGCUGGCUUCACCAUCGGCUUCGGGUUUUUGACUGUAUGGGAGGCCAUCAAGCAGACCAUUCGCAACAAGAAUCCCUUGCGUAGCGCGUACAUUUACAUGCUUUGGGGCGAGAUCAUUGCCAACGUGGUCAUCGCGAUCAUAGGAUGGGUGUUCUUAGAUGGGUACAUUGGGCCAACGGUUCCAACACUGUUCUUCAUCUUACUAUGUUGGGUGUUCGAGAUCCAACUGCUCAUGCAGAUCAUCAUCAAUCGAAUCGCGCUCAUUGCGGAGCAUCGACGCACGAUCUGGAGGAUCAAAUGGGGCACCGUUUUUAUCAUCACUACCAUCAACAUUUUGGUGAUGGUUAUAUGGAUCCCGGCACAUUUGAAUCCUCCUCCGUCACAAGCCUUCGUCACUAUCAACGAGGUUUGGGAUAAGAUUUCCAAGGUUCUUAUAUUGAUCGUGGACGCUGGACUCAACUGGUACUUCCUGAAGAUCGUUAAGGAACGUCUCAUCCAGCAACACGGCCUUGUCAAAUAUGCACCACUGAUCAAAUUCAACGCGCGGCUCAUGGUUCUUUCAAUUGCGAUGGACGGCAUGUUGAUCGGUCUCAUGUUCUUAAAGAACCAGAUCGUAUACAUACAGUUCCACCCUGUGACCUACAUGGUCAAACUCAACAUUGAGAUGACUAUGGCUUCCCUCGUCGUGCGCCUCGCGAGAGGCCAAUCCGAGAACGAC